AUGACAUCCAGAAUCCCCACCCGAAUUUUCCAAAAGUCCCUCCAGCCUCUCCGCCAUAUUGCUCGACCACGUACUUUACCCCUCUCACAAGCGCUUAUUACCAAACGACAAACUCGCAAGGCAACCAUAGGCCCAGAUUACCCACUCCCUUCAUCUCUGGAGAUUCUCAGACCUGCUCUAUUCCGCGAGCUUCUUGCCAGCAAUCACUCCACCCAACAAAGCCUCCCUUUGAUCACACCUCUCGGAAAAGCCCACAUGUUACCAGUGGGAUGGGUAAAAACAGAUAUACUUGCUGAUGUCGUCAAAGUAAUUAAGGAUAACGCAUUGGAGGGAAUGGAAAAUGCUACUCUUCAUGUUUUCCGUGUAGGUUAUGACGGUGUCGAUGUUGUGGAGACAAGAAUUUGUGUUAGCCUCGAGUGCGCUAUCGUAAGUCCUCAUUCAUCAUCUCGGGCUCAAUGUUGAUAUUUCUGUAGGCCGAUGAAGAAAUCAAGAAGUGUGCUGGUGACAUGAUUGUUGCUAUUUCAGAGGUUGUUCCUAAAGAAUGGAGUGAGGAACAGUGA